CCUAACAUGUUUUGCAGAUUUAAAUCAAGUCCCCAGUUGCCUCUGAAGGGGCUGCAGGUCCUUGAAGAUUUAUAAAAGAUGCUGGGCAUCGGGGUCCUGGCAGAUCCGAAGGGAGACCUCUACAAGGACCUUGCGUUUCCGGCUAGCGACGAUUCUCUCUUUUUCAACUGUUCUACUCCGUUGGCUCAGUUCAAAGGAGAAAUUUACUGGCUGAGACCUCAGGAGAUCUGCUCUUCACCUCGGUUAUUUUCAGACAAUCAACAUGAAUGGCAGGUCAAGCAAGGCAUGCUGGGAGAUUGCUGGUUUCUCUGUGCCUGUGCCGCUUUGCAGAAAAACAAAUACCUGCUAACCAAGGUGAUACCUCCAGGUCAGCCCAGUUGGAAGGAUGAGAAAUACCGAGGAUGUUUCACUUGCCGUAUCUGGCAGUUUGGCCACUGGGUGGAGGUGACCAUCGAUGAUCGGCUGCCUUGUCUGGGGGGCAAGCUCUGCUUCUCCCAGUGCCAGACGGAAGAUGUGUUUUGGCUUCCCCUGCUGGAGAAAGCCUAUGCCAAGGUUCAUGGAUCUUACGAGCAGCUCUGGGCAGGCCAGGUAGCCGAUGCCCUCGUCGAUCUGACCGGAGGCCUUGCGGAACGCUGGUCAUUGAAAGACCUGAGCCAAAAUCCUGAACGAGAGCGGGCCGGCAAAGUCUUGGAGAAAACGGUGUUCAGACAGUUGAUGAACCUGAAGGAGAAAUGUGUCAUGAGCUGCUCCGUCUUCAGUUCACGGCAAGGGACAAGCCAACUGGGAGAGUUCCACGCCUUCAUCGUGGUUGACAUGCAGGACCUUUCCAAAGUAUCCCGGAAAGAGACCAUCCUUCUGCGAAUCCGGAAUCCCUGGGGGAGGCGCUGCUGGAAGGGCCCCUGGAGGGAAGGAGGGCCAGGAUGGAAUCAAUUGGAUCCUGUGGUGGGCGCUGAACUUUUAUCCCAGCUCCAAGAAGGAGACUUUUGGGCUGAAGAAGAGGAAUUCUUCAUGGAAUUCGAUGAGGUUAUCACCGGGUACCCUGUCACUGAAGAAGGACAGCUUCAGAGCCUUUACACCGACAGAGUGCUGAGCCACACGCAGAAGCUGUAUGGGUCCUGGGUGCGAGGGCAGUCGGCGGGGGGUUGCCGCAACAACAGCACCUUCCCCACCAACCCCAAAUUCUGGCUGAGAGUCUGCGAGCAGAGUGAGCUGUGCGUUGCCCUCCUGCAGAAACCCCGGAAGCACACCGCAGAUUGGGCUGGCAGGAUCCGCGCUUGGCCUCGCCUCCCGGAAGCCGACCCCUCCUUGGCGGAUAACGUCCGAGGGAAGAAUUACCAUGCCGUGGGCUUGCACAUAUGGAAGAUUGAGAAGAAACAGUUCAACCUUCCCAAGACGCUCUCUGCGCCGCCAGUAGCGAGCACAGCUUCUCAUUCCUACAACCGAGAGGUGCAUCUCCAUUGUGAACUUUCUCCUGGGUACUACCUGGUUGUUCCUAGCACUUUCCUGAAUAAUACGGAAGGAAAUUUCCUACUCCGGGUUUUCUCCAGUGGAAGAAUUUCUCUCAGUGAGAUCAAGCUGCCUUUGCUGGAUAACACCAUCCACGAAGCGUUCCCAGGAGGCGAGUGGGAGACGGCUCAGCUGGAGGGAUCGUGGAAAAAAGGCCACAACGCCGGAGGCAGCCGCAACUUCCCCUCGUUCCACAUCAAUCCCUGCUUCCCUUUGUCGGUUCCCGCCGGGUUUGGUCAAAGAAGCAUCAAGGUGUCUCUCCGUCAGCACUGCCCAGAUAACAAGUGCCGUCCCAUUGGCUUUCAUAUCUUCCAGGUUCCCAGUGACAACAACCACGUCAAAAUGGCUUCCACAGCUUUCCUGCAAUUGGAGCCGGUUCUCAGUUGUGUGCCUCAUUGCUACUCUCAGGAAAUAAGUCAGGCAUGCCGGCUGCCUUCAGGAAAUUACGCCAUUGUCCCAUCAACAUAUUUGCCUGACACUGAGGGCAGCUUCACGGUGAUUGUAGCAAGGAAGAUAGACAGGAAGAGCAUUUGGAGCAAGGAGACUUUGGGACAAAGGCUGCAAGAGGUCUCUUUCAAGGCUGUGAUGAAAAUGUAAUUUUGGAUCGAUACUUUUGCUGCAGGAAGACAUAACGGAGACCUUUAAGAAGGAAGCCAAACUUUUUUUAAUUUAAAUUGAAAUCAUUCCAAAUGUAGGUUGGAUUUCUCAGCUUGUUGGGUUAGAGGAACAUCUGUGACUUUUAACCAACUUUUCUGUAGAAACAAACUUAAGUGACAUCCCAGCUUAAGUUUCCCUCCCAUUUUUUUAAAUUUAUUUAUUUAAAAUACACAUCGGAACUUCAACUGAUGUUGAAAUUUGUUUCUAGUUUUGCCAGCAUCUCUAUUCCUUUCUUUUCUCAUUCCGGCCACCUCUAAAUCUUGAUGAAAAUUUAUGUACAUGUGAUGGUGUUCAAAUUGGUUUUUGGUCCAUGGCAAUAAUAUUCUCUUGGUGUGGUGUGCGUGCUUGUAUUUCCAUAGCGGUCGACACUUCUGCAGAAAGAUAAGUUUGCCAAUGAAAAUUUGAAGGAAUGGUGGUGGAAAAAGAAGAGGAGGUUGUAACAUUUCAGAAAGUUGAAGCAGCAAAAAGUUGGAAUAUGCAACAAUUGGCGCUUUGGCCGUCCAAAAGUUUUUGAAUUUGAACUAUUCCAAUUUUUACUCCCUGGCCUCAUCUUGAGUUGAAAAAUGAGACAUUUUGAUUAUUGAUGGAAAUGUUUUGGGCUCAAAACUGAGGGGUUUUGAACGUGAAUCAAAGAUGUUUUGAGCUUGGAAAUAUUUUCUAAAUGAUCAAGAUGAUCUUUUGAAACUCAAGUCGGCCAUUUUGUGUUCAAAGAGAGACAUUUUAUAAUGAAUGGGUUUUGCACACCACCAGUGCUGGGUUCUUCUGUUCCAUAGGGCUCAAGAGCAAUAAAACUAGGGCAUAAAUUUGAUUUUCAGUGUUUCUGUGGCUUAUGAACAUCAGUGUCUGCAUGACGUGGUCAAAACAGGGUAAGUGAAUUUGUGAAUUCUGUAGUGUACAUAAAUGACAUCAUUUAUCAAAAACGUCAGUUGGGUUAUUUGCACAAGACAUUGUUAUGGCUUGUGCUGGACUCUAUCACAUGACAGGUCUGCUCUAAACCAGGUUUCAGGCCUGUGUAAACCUGGUUUAGGCCAGCCCAGAAAUCCUAGCUCUCCAGAUACUUCUGAACUGGCACACUGUUUCUCCACUGUGGAUUCGUUUGUCGUUUUAUAUUGCAGUUUUCCUCUUGGGUAUAACCCGUACUGUAGUUUUAAACCAAUGGUGGGGGAAGCAUGGACCCUUUA